AUCUAUUUGUCCGCAGUGGGAGACUAGAGAGCCCGGCUGAGCCAUGCCCAGGAAAAGCAUCGUGCAAGUCGACGUGCAGGACGUCCAGAAGCGGCGCAGCCCCAACAAGCAUUAUGUGUAUAUUAUUAGUGUUACCUGGUCAGAUAAUGCCAGUGAAGUCAUCUACCGGCGAUACAGCAAGUUCUUUGACCUACAGAUGCAAUUAUUGGACAAGUUUCCAGUGGAAGGAGGUCAAAAAGAUCCAAAGCAGAGAAUCAUUCCAUUUUUACCGGGAAAAAUCCUGUUCCGGAGAAGUCACAUACGUGAUGUAGCAGUGAGGCGUCUAAUACCCAUUGAUGAAUAUUGCAAGACUCUUAUCAGGCUGCCUCCUUAUAUCUCCCAGUGUGAUGAAGUCCUGCAGUUUUUUGAGGCUAGAUUGGAAGACUUCAACACACCCAAAGAAGAGCCCUUUGGAAGAAGAAAACUCGGUGCAGACUCUACAUCAGCUGAUCAUUUGGUUCUUGACCAGUAUGUGGUGGCGGCACCGUAUGACAAACAAGAGAGCUCAGAAAUCAGCCUUGGAGUUGGACAAGUGGUGGAUAUCAUUGAGAAAAAUGAAUCUGGCUGGUGGUUUGUUAGCACUGCAGAUGAGCAGGGCUGGGUACCUGCAACUUGCCUAGAGGCUCAAGAUGGGGGACAAGAUGACUUCACCAUUCAGCCUGGAGAGGCCCCAUGGCGAUACUGGUCCUUGCCUAGGCACGUGGGCCGCCGACGGACUCUUGGGGAUUUGUACACCAGUGGAUGGGGUCCAGAUGAGAAAUACAGUGUAAUCUACCCAUAUAUUGCAAGAGAUCAAGAUGAAAUCACGCUGGAUAAAGGAGCCAUUGUUGAAGUCAUCCAGAAGAAUUUAGAGGGCUGGUGGAAAAUAAGGUACAAAGGUGCAGAGGGCUGGGCCCCAGCUUCCUACCUGACGAAGAUUAGUGGGGACCUGUUGGCUCAAAAACUGGCUUCAGGAUCCAGUGCCAAUUCAAGUGCUUUAGACCUGGAUGGGCUCUCCAGGCAACAAAGCUACACAAGUCGUGAUAGGGAUGUUCCUGGGCGUCAGGCUCAUGUCACAGAUUUUAAAAGAAAAUCUCCUAUAAUGAGACAGAGGCCCCCUCCUCGCCGGGACCUUACUAUUCCUCGGGGACUAAAUCUCCCAAAACCUCCUACUCCACCACAUGUUGAAGAAGAGUAUUACACCAUUGCAGAUUUCCAGACCAUCAUACCCGAUGGAAUCAGCUUCCAGGCUGGACUGAAAGUUGAGGUUAUCGAAAAGAACCAUAGUGGUUGGUGGUAUAUACAGAUUGAUGAUAAGGAGGGCUGGGCCCCUACCACUUUUAUUGACAAGUACAAGAAAACUACCAAUGCCUCAAGGCCCAAUUUUUUGGCUCCUUUACCAAACGAGAUGGCCCAGCUGUGCUUGUCUAAUGCUUCUACAGAAAAUACCUCUGUGGAAGAAGCAUCUGGGCCAUGUAGGCCACUGCCUGAACCACCACAAAAUGGUACAGAUCCAAUGCCAAAAUGGUCAAAGGAGUGGAAGAACAAAGAUCAAAGUUUAAAAAGUUCUCUCUUUGAUGGCAAAGAACACAUUUUAAAUAGUGUAUAUGAUGAGGCAGCUGGGGAUGAUGGGGAGGAGAAGCCAAGCCUACCUCCAAGACGUGAAUCCAUGUUAAAAACGGAAGAUGUUUCUGAGCGACCAAGCAUGCCACAGCAUCGGGCUCCCCCUCCAAAACCUUUAACCAGCAUGAUGGCACCAAGUCCUCAGAAGCAAGUUUCUUUAAAAGAGGUCAAAAAACCAGAGAUGAAAAAUGAUAAGAGCAAAAUGUUUCAGCUGAAAAAUGAAAUGGGUCUUGAGUGUGGACACAAAGUGUCACCCAAAGAGCUAAAAAAGCCAAUGCUUAAGCCUGUCGCCAACAAACCUAAGCCUGAGAUAGCAGCAGAGAAACCUGAAUUAAUGGCUCCAAACCCUUUUGUCAAAGCUAAACCACAGGUCAGACCCAAACCAGUUGCCACAGGCAAAACUGAGGUCAACUCAGAAGAGAAGGUUGACAUUUCAAAUUUGAGAAGUAGACUUAAACCCUCUGGGAAAUCAUUAGAUAAAGGUAAUGAGCAGGAGCCUUGUGCAAGCAGUGUGGUGAGCGAUAUUACAGUGUACAACUGUAUAGGGGCUGCUGGCAGACCCCUUGAUAAACCUGAUCAAAAACAUCUGUACAAGCAGGACAAUAGUAUUCCUGGUGAACCCCCUUCUAAAGCACUUCCAGUACCACUGAGGACUGCUGACAUUGAACCAAAGGCUGCGAGAGACCCACCCCAGAGGCCUGCGAUUCCACCAAGAAGACCACCUCCUCCCAAGAAAGUUUCAAUGCCCAGUGAAACAAAUGAAGGCAAGGCAACACAACCAAAAGAAAAUUCUGAUUUUACAAUUGCUCAUAUGGCCAAUCGACCUAUAAUGGUUCCUCCUAAAGCCAAGCCACUCAUUUCUUCAUCAGGUAGUGAUGAUACCAGAGUGAAAAAUAGCUUUGUUCCCAAGAUGCCAGCACCAAAGCUAGCAGAUAAAUCAGAAACAAAAGAAAAACCUAUAUCUGGUACUCCGCCUUCUCAGUAUGUGGCCAUUGCUGAUUUUGAUGGAGAUGAUGAUUCGAGUAGCUUUAAAGAAGGAACCGUAUUUGAGGUUCAGGAGAAGAGUUCUAGUGGCUGGUGGUUCUGCAGGGUUCUUAGUGGAGGCCCGAUUUGGGAGGGCUGGAUACCUUCCAAUUAUCUAAGAAAGAAGCCAUAAUGGUUUGCUGAGUUUACACAAUUCACUAGCCUCCUACUUUCACUCCUAUUUAAUUAGUCCAUUAAUUUAUAGUUUUUACUUUUUGUUAAAAAAAAAUAAAAUACAUUCCAAUUUGAUUCACAUCUCGCUUAACGAGAGAACA